CCGUAGUUUGGGUGCGCGUCGCCAAUGUUGUGAUGGCAGCACCGGCGUUACGGAGGCGUGCGCCAUCUUGGGAGGAAAAGAGGGACGCCGAUGGCAGCUACGCUAUGGCACCCAGCAGCUCGUUUCACCAGAAAAAAGGCUCGCUAGUGGUGACCAGCAACGAAAACCGCACCGCACAGCGGAUCCAUCCGCACCAAGAGUUCAACAAUGGCAUUGUUAUGAGCGCCCAGCCUCUCUGGGAUAAUCAGCUGUUCGAAGUCAGGAUCGACAAGAAGGUGUCAACAUGGAGUGGCUCUAUAGAGAUCGGCGUGACAGCCCUGGACCCCGGCACGCUCACGUUUCCAUCGAGCGCCACCAACCUGCGCGAAGGCUCUUGGGUCAUGUCCGGCACGGGCGUGCUGCAGGACGGCAAGACUCUGGUCGAGGAGUACGGCACCGACCUCGACCAGCUGGGCGAGGGCGACCGUGUAGGUGUCAUGCGAACCUCAAGUGGCGAGCUGAAGUUCUUCGUCAACGGUCGUAGCCAAGGCGUGGCCGCGAGUCACAUUCCACCGCAGGUGUACGCUGUGGUUGACCUGUAUGGGAAGUGCGCUCAGAUAUCCAUCGUUGAGGAUGGGGAUCCAUCACUGUCUGCAGGCGACAACAUAAGCUGCGAGAAUAUUGUCACUCUGGGAGCAGCCGCGUGCGCACCUCCGUCGGACGAUCCCCUGCGAUUUCACACCCGGUGUGGUUCGUUGGUCCAACUCUCCAACGAUAACCGUACGGCAGAGAGGCGGCGGCCCUCGGACGAAUUCAACAACGGCGUCGUUAUGACGCACAGGUCGCUGAGGGACGACGAGUGGUUUGAGCUUCGAAUCGAUGAACUGGUCAACAAAUGGUCUGGCUCCAUCGAGCUAGGAGUGACCACUCACAGUCCCGAGACCCUGGAGUUCCCGGCCACCAUGACAAACAUGCGCUCAGGUACCAUAAUGAUGAGUGGCUCUGGGAUCCUCACUAACGGCAAAGGCAGCCGGAGGGAAUACGGCAACUACAACCUGGACGAACUUCAUGAGGGUGACAGGAUCGGGGUGGUGCGCAAGUCCAACGGCAACCUCCACUACUACAUCAACGGCAUGGACCAGGGUGUGGCCUCGGGGAACGUCCCCAAGGUAGUGUAUGGAGUGGUCGACCUGUACGGCAUGACUGUCAAGGUCACUCUGCUUGACCACAACGAGAGCUCUCGCCGGCACGUGGCAUCUCCCAGCGACGAAAGCAAGGCCAUUAAAGAUGACACGAAUGACCGGGAGACCGAAAGGUUGCUGUUCCACCCACGCUGCGGUGGACGCGCUGUGGUCGUCAACGACGGUCGCACUGCGCGGAGACCCAGCGCCCUGGAUGGCUUCAACAACGCCGUCGUCUUGACAAACCGUGCGUUACGUCCGGACGAGCUGUUUGAGGUGGUCCUGGAGCAGCAGGUGUCUAAGUGGACGGGCUCCAUCGACAUUGGAGUGACCAUGUUCCCGCCGCACCUGCUCGAGUUCCCCACCACCAUGACCAACGUGCGUUCGGGCACCUGGGUGAUGACCGGCUGCGGUGUCAUGCACAAUGGCACCGAGGUCAUCAAGGACUACUGCCAGAACCUGGACACCCUGCAGGUUGGGGACAAAGUUGGCGUGAAACGGACAUCGGAGGGAAACCUGCACUUCUACAUCAAUGGAGUGGACCAAGGCGUAGCUGCUCGCAAUGUGCCCGCCCGAGUGUACGGAGUCAUUGACCUUUACGGGCAAGCUGCCCAGGCAUCGGUGGUGGACCACUCUGGUCCCGAGGCAGCACCCGUGCCAGAGCUCCAGUUGCUGGUGCCGUCGCCAUCUCUGGCUUUGACGGCUGGCGAGCCACUGGUCGCAGAGCUGCGCUUCAGCAAGAGGCACGGACGCAACGCACGGAUCCUCAACAACGGGCUGACUGCGGUGCGCCCAAAUGCCCACGGCGAAUUCAACUUUGCCAUCGUCGUCAGCGACCGGCCCCUCACCGACAACCAGCUCUUCGAAGUGGUCAUCGAUCAGAUGGUCGACCGGUGGUCGGGAUCCAUCGAGGCCGGGGUGACGGCCAUCAGACCCGAAGACCUCGAGUUUCCCAGCACGAUGACUGACAUCACUCACGAUACGUGGAUGCUGAGUGGCUCGGCCAUUAUGCGCAAUGGCAACACCGUGCGAAACGGCUACAAGUGUGACCUGGACCAGCUGGGUGUCGGGAGCCGCGUGGGGAUGAUGCGCGACUCCGAUGGUUGCCUCCACUACUUCGUCAACGGAGAAGACCAAGGAGUCGCUUGCAGAAACAUCCGGUCACCUGUAUGGGCUGUGAUAGACCUGUACGGCCAGUGCGCACAGGUGUCCAUCGUGCCACAGCAGCGGUUAUCGCCACCGUCGGCCCCGCCUGCCAAGGUGGCUAGUCCGGAGGUCACUAGAGCGAGCAUCACGCCUGCACACAGCGUGUCCGUCAAUCACCAGUUCAACACCUGCUGUGGAAAGAAUGUGGUCCUUCGGAAUAACAACAAGGUGGCAUGCCGCUCUGCUGGCUUCAACCAUGCUCUUGUGUUCAGUGCUGCGCCGCUGGAACUCGAGGAACUCUUCGAGGUGCAAGUGGAACAGGUGAGCACCGUCUGGGCCGGUGCACUGGUGCUGGGCCUGACGACAUUUGCACCCGAGCCGGGCGUCCCGCUUCCCCCCACGGCCCUCCGUCUCCCGGGCCACCAGUCGUGGCUCCUGGUUGGCUCCCGUGUCUUCCACAAUGGCACCCUUCUGAGAGACAACUACGGGCCGUCUUUACAUCGGCUAUCGGCUGGUGAACGAAUUGGCGUCCAGCACUGCUUUGACGGGACGCUCCGUGUCCACCUCAACGGAGAGGACUUGGGACCAGCGGCCUCCAACUUGCCAAAGGUUCUGUACGCGGUCCUGGACUUGUACGGAAUGCUGGAAUCGGUGUCCUUGUGCAGCAGCAGCAUAGUCCCUGCCACACACUCGGCGGCCACCAAUUAUUUCGACUGCGCUGAGCCAAGCCAAGGCACGCCAAGCAAGGAGAGGGUGGGCCAGGAGUUCCACGAGCAGCAUGGCCGCAACGUGCGGCUGCGUGCUGGCAGCAUGGGUGCGUCCCGCACAACCGGCUACGGCCACGGCCUCCUCCUCUCCACCAAGCCUCUGCCUCGGUGCCAGCUCUUCCAGGUUCGGAUCGAUCGACUGAACAGCAAGUGGAGUUCCUCCCUGCAAGUGGGCGUCGUCGGGGAGAACCCCGAGAAGCUUCACUUUCCUCUGAGCGCCCUGAAUUUGCGAAAACUGGCGUGGGUGAUUUCCGGUGACUCCGUCUAUCACAACGGAAUCAAGGUGAAGCUGGGCUAUGGACCCAACCUCGAUCACCUGCAGCAAGGCCACACGGUUGGCGUGCUGGUCGACCUGGAAGGCGGACUUCACCUGUACGUCAACGGUAUGGACCAAGGCGUGGCUGCCAGGGACCUGCCACCCGUCUGUUAUGCCCUUGUGGACCUGUAUGGUCAGUGUGAACAGGUAACCAUCACAGAGUCUCACGAUCAGGACAGCGAACCCGAGGCCGAUUCGAGAGAAAAGGCGGACAUAGAUAAUGGCGUAAAAGAAAAGAGGGUGAAGAACCUCCACAACGACAUCCAUGCCAUCAAGAACUGCGAGUACCAAAACCUGUGCCUGAGGUUCAAGGCCAUGCUUGGGAUUCCCGACAACUACUUUGUUCUUGAUAUGAAUCUGUGCUACUGCGAGACCUGCCACAAGAUCCGUGGCGACGAGCCCUACCUCAAAGUCGGUGAACCACCCAGGGACUAUGCGGUGCCCUUCGGUUGGUGCCGAUUCCCACUCAGGUUGCCAUCGAGGCCCGAUCACAAUUCGGUGCAGCAGAAGUGGCACAUGGCAUAUCACGGAGUGCCGGUCGCUGCCGUGAGGAAGACCCUGGACCACGGACAGCUGCUUUCACCAGAUAAGGUGUCACUCUGUCAACCUCCCAAGCCGGGGUCAAGGAGCAAGUCGGAGAACUUUGAAAGUCACUCCGUCUGCCUCUCCCCGACGCUGCGAUAUGCCGGCUGUAGCGCCUUAUGUCCAAAGCACGAAUUCGUUGACCCGAAGACGAGGUGUCAGAUGUGGGCGAGGACCGCCUUCCAGGUUUUAGUACAGCCGGGCUCCUACACGACGCACCCAGCACGUGUGGGCACCACCAGCCCCACGAGCAGCACCGCGUCAAGGGACCCGACCGAGACGUUUCUGGGCGCUUCGGAACUCGAGUGGAGAACCAAAGAGAGGGGUGCCACAAUCCUCCACGCACUCCUUGUCCGGCUGGAAUUCCCGCCCUCCUGAUAGACCCCGAAUCUAGGAACUCUUGCUUGUUUUCAUUGGUUUUUUUUUUUUACUUCUUUUUCCCAUUUAUGUGGCGACCCGAGUGUCGAUUAUGCCAUCCCCACCUGCAUUCAUUUACACUGCUGAUCAUGUCGGGCUGUUGUGCAAUUCUCGUUGACUCAUUCUUAUCCCUGUGCCGUCGUCAUCGUCGUCGACUGCGUUUCGAGCCUCCGCCCUACGUUGCAGCACGGGAUUGCUGGUGCAUCGUCGUAGAUGCCUUCUAAUAUAAUGCGAACGAGACACAAGUGCUGGUGUAAAAACGAAUGCGCACGGUGCGCAUGUACUUGUGUAUCCGCGUGUAGCGCAUAUCUCUUGCAGGAGCGGGUUAAAACGUGACUGGCAAUGGCUGGCCAUCGCCAGCCAUCGCCAAUCGCUGAUUAUUGCUGGGAUGAUAUGUACUAUACAUGUCCGCAACCUUUGCAUUUGUGUCUCGUACGUGCUAUGCACAAACUGCAUUUCACGACGUGGACCCUGUGCGUUUUUCUUGAUUUUGUAAUAACGUUCAUGUAUAUAAGCAUGGAGUUGCUAGGCUUACUGUCAGGGCAAAUCUCUUUUGCUGGUCGUGUAAUGAUUGGCGUUCAUUGUUACAGGUCUUGCUUCUUUAGCAUCAUUUGUCUCGCUUUUCGUGGCCGCGCUGCAAGUACAGCAUAAGAUUCAGUGUGCUCCGUGUGCUUGUCUUGCGUAUUUUUUGCCCAUUGUGAUAGACAGCUCGGUCUCGCGCUGCUGUCAUUGUACUAGUAUGACCACUGCGCACAUUCUUAGCACUAUGCGGCGCCUCGCCAGAAGGAUUGGGCCUUUCAUCACAUUCGUCGUUGCCAAAUGUGUUCUUAAGAAGUCAGAACUCCAUUGUCAUAUGGGUGGAGAAAAGCAGAUUGUCAUUUCAAGUCAUUAGCCCUGACAUUUGAAGAAAAAUAUUCAUGAAGUGGGCUCUCAUUGCAAAUGCUGCCAGCCUCAAAAGGAAUCCUCUCGAUUGGGUGGUCACGUGUAUUAGCCAUGUCCAGCGUGUCGAACACGUUAGUGUCAAUUCUGCUAACGUGUAGUUGGUAUUAAUGUUAAUUUUUCUCAAGGUCUCACGUGAAAAAAAUAUUCACGAUGACAAAGGAAGUGAGCAUGUAGCGCAGUUCUGUCAUCCUGCGUCUUUUUUUAUGCUGAUCCUUGAGACUCGCAGUAUCAUCUAGCCUGUUAGCCUCUUCUGUUAAUUUUUUCAUUACCAUUUUGCUAUUAAACAAUCGUCCUUAAGCAUAGAUUGCAGUUUACAUUGGCAGACAAGUGGGAAAAAGAGUGCUGUUUUUGCUGCUGUGGAACCAUCCUCACAAUGAUGUGCCUAGGGAAGAUAAGCCUGCAACGAUUUUUUUAUGAUAAAGGAAAUAAGCGAAUGGAGUCGUAAACUUUCGUUUGUCACGCAAUGUGGCAUUUGCGUUUGAAUCAUGAACGAAAAUUUCAACGUUUGAGCUACUGUUGGAGAACACAUAGAAAGCUGCUAACGAAUUGUUUAUAAGAUGAACAAAUCUGUAUUUAAAUGCUGAAGAGUACUCUGUCAAUCUUCCAUUCUUAGCCCUUUCUUUCUGUUGUCAGCAUUGUAUUUGCAUCGCAUUCUCUGUUGUUACCAUUGCCUCGCUCAGUUAUGGUAAUGUCGCGGCUCAGCGUAAGAGUCCCAUCGGGGUAUUGUAUAUACUUGCAGCGAUUGAUGCAGGCAAGCCGGCUGUCAACACUAAGCAGUCGUUAAUAUGGGUUGUUACGACUGUGUUCUUAGAAAUACCGCAUCAUAUUCACAGUCAAACGUGAGUCUCGCACUGUUUUUUGUGUCGCCAACUUCAUCUUAAGAUGAAAGAGUCCCGUAGCUUGAGUCUUCGAGAAGCGAUUAAAUACCGUUUGUUCAACGUGAAUGUCUGCUCUGAGCGUCUGGUAUAGACCCUGAAAUUUUAGGUGCCAUCUUGUUGAGGUCUCUCGUCUCCCCUGUGGUUACCACGGAGUUGUGAAACCUUUAACAAACUUGCCUGCUUCCACUGGUUGCCUGGCGUUCCGUGUAUCUGCUAACCAAAGAAAGCUGUCCAGAAAGGCCAGGAGCGUCUAAUGCUUUCGAUGGUCCAGCAUCUUGACGUUGCAAGAUGGCCGUUUGAUAAAACUUUCUGCUGGGCGAGUUGGUUCAUACUUGCAAGGAAAAUUGGUUGCGCACAAACUAGACAAGGACGUAGAAGACACGGACGAGUCUUCAGCAUCCUUGUCUAGUUUGUGUGAAACCAAUUUUGCUUGCAAGUAUGGCCGUUUGCUCACGUCCGUGGCAGAAGUUGUGAUGUACUGUACAAAGCGCGUCACCUUUAGUGAGAUGUAGAAGGAAUUGUUUCCGAAAAUGUGAUACGUUGCUGCAGGUGAUGCAGUUAACGAGCUGGCUAGAUGCAGCUGGGCAUGCACAUGUUUUGUGCACAGCUUCGGGGCGGUUUAAUGCAGCUGUCAACUAUGAAUUACAGUUAAUAUGAGAAGGGCCUCCGCGGAAUGUUAUUAAUUCUCAACGUCGUAAUGCGUCAGGUCCAGGUCCCGUUAGCGCUUCGUGUCUCGUCACUGUAUACCAUUCACUGUCGUCAGGAUUGUUGCAGUAGACCUUCAAACUGUUUUUCUUUUUUUUUCUGUGUAUAUGUUUUUGAUUGUGCAACUGCACUCUCCUGUCCAGCUGUAAAAAAAAAGUGUUCCUUUUCUCAGCUUGUGAUCUCUUGCUGUUUGUUUAGUGCUGCAAGCAGCAUGCUGUCUAGAUAACCGUCUUGACAUUCAUAAUCAGUUCCAGCUUUCUUAAGCAAGUGACCCCAUGGGACAUAUUUCCGUCAGAAGCACGCAACUUGUAGUUAACGAUGUUUUGUGUGAUUAUGACGAUUUGUAAUAUUAACGUGCAUACGCUGGGUGACGUUGCACUGAAAGUAUGUCAAAAGUAUGUUUCACGUAAUUUUCAUCCUGCUUCAUUUGUCCCUGUGAAGGGGCUAACGUACGAUGGUCUUGGUCUGUUGUUUGUCAUACAAAUGGCUUCGAAGUGUGUGUCCAGUCUGUGAAUAAUUUAACGAUGGGUUUUACAUGUUUGCCCUGUGGAUAUCUUUUAGGCACGUUGGCGACUUGCUCCUAAGAAGCGUCCUUUUCAUUGGGGCCUUAGAAGAGACGUGUGAAGGAUAGGAUUAAUCAAAAAGCUGCCUUUUUUUUGGCAUCAGUGUCCAUUUGUCCGUAAAGUUCUGGCUUAGAAAACUUCAGACCGUAACUCUCUUGGUACUUGGCAUGCGACGGGUGCAAAUGAAGCUUACGCCAGCGUUUUUACACCAAAGAAUACAACACUUGCUAAGGAUGUAUUGCAAAGCUGUCAAUACAGUAUACGCAGGAUUAAUGUGUUGUGCUGGUGCACAAUUCAGUGUAUGCCUCUCAAUUGAAGAAGUUUUCUAUUUCGUAGCGUGAGUCAUAGUCACUGAAAUGCUAAAGCUUUGGCUGCCACCUUGAAGUUAUUCGCUGAGCUAGACGAACACAAUGAUGCUGGCCUUCCCUAUUCAUUUUAAACACUGAUAAAGUCUCAUUGACUGCAGUGCACAUUAAUGAUUGUCUUUAUAUCCAUGUGACUAUUUUUAUAUGCACACCCUACUACAGUGGUCUUGAAAAGCUUUUAAAGUAUUUCCAUAUACCUUUUCAAAACUCCGACUUCGUUUGUAGUGUGUGACGCUGUCGUAGCACAAUCGCAGGUUGUGGAUGUUUCUAACUGAACUUGUAUGUGGAACAUGUACUUAACUGAUACAAUUGGCAAGCCUCGCCGAUGGGCAUUAUAGCUCGUAUGAAAUGUCGCGUUGGUAAUGAGGCCUACUGUAUGCGGCUGCUUCGUCUUUAAGUGCUGGCUCAUUCACCUUCUCUGACCAGGCCUGGCCCUUGCUCCAUCAAACAUCAAAAGUCAUCGUCGUUUGUGUUAUUUCUGUAGCGCGUUUCACGACGCGUGUUGUUUUUGUAUGCAGUACUAGCCUGUUUUGCCUCUCUCUUUGAUGAUUCCCAAAAGGAAACUGCUUUCUAUAAAGGGAUUUGCAUUGCGCUGCCUGUUCAGAAAUUGAUACCAUGCCACUUUCUAAUCACCUUGGCAGGUGUUUUCUUCUCCCACUACAGGUGGCGUUAACAUUGUUUAGUAAGAAAAUGCACUUCUUUCAUUGUCUAUCAUCGCCACACACAUUACGUACAUCUAGUUUAACUGUGAACAAAGCAGACAAGUACUGCCUACAAGCAAUUACUGGGCAAAAGUACACAAGCAAACACCGGCCGGCUAUUCAAAUUUCACUAGCAAACGAGGGAACGGUUUAGCCGGAAGCGUCACUUUACAGUGGCUUUCUUAUCAACGCGACGUGCAGUAUUCUUGCGUGGUCUCGCUGCGUGUUAAAAUGAACACCGAGCCAAACAAACUAAGCGGAUCUUGCUGCGUACCACUUUGAUGAACUUGUGAUGAUGAUGAUGAUGAUGUAUUUCUCCCAGAGCACAAGAGACAUUUUGUGGCAUGUACGUGACGCCAAUCGGUAGCGUCAUCGCUCACGCUUAAAUGUGUCCAUGACAGACAAACGUGUCAUUCCGGUUCCCCAUAUUUUUGUAAGAUUCCAUUUCGGUCACUACUCUUUCCCAUAAGCGCCCGUUGGUGAUGUCGAAAGACGUGCAUGUCUAAUGCGGCAGAGCGGGAUAUGUGAAUGAAGCUUUGCUAGUUCUAUCCAGCAUAAAUUGUCCUUUUGCUUCAUGUAUCAUACUGUGUACAUACAUCUCUUAGAAUAAGAAAAAAAAAAGCAGCGAUCUAAGUGUCUAUGUAUCUCUGUCAGAAUCGAAUCGGAGUUGUUUUUGUCUUUUUGUAUUUUUUUUCUUUCAUGUUUCACUCUGUAUAGUGUGUAUAUUUAACUUCACGUUGCGAAUUUGAGGCAAAAUGGGAACUAUGAAGCCUGUCUGUGUCUAAUUGUAGUUAGAAAACAUUUUUUCUGCUCCUUGCUACAGCUCUUCUUUCAGUAAAGAUAAGAAAAGCUUGUUUAAA